AUGGCUGGCUCCUUCAAUCCUCGCGCAAAUGUGCGCGAAGGCAUAGUCCAGCAGUGGGACGCCAACGGUAACGGCACUCGCAACGGCAACUCGCGAUCGUCGACACCGCACUCGCCCUCAUACCUGAACGGCCGACCAUGUGGAAUGGAGAUAGGCGCACCGGCCACGCCGCCCAUCACAGAAGAGGAGGAGAAGCUUUGGCGGGAUCAAGAGUUGAAUGCCAAGAUCAUGCAGCAGGUGGAAGAGAAUGGAAUUACACGUCCGAAAGGGCAUACGGUGUCAUUCCACUACAAUAGUAAGGUCGAGGACAUGCACUUCGGCAAGACGCAUCCCAUGAAGCCUUGGCGCUUGACUCUCACCAAGCAUCUCGUGCUGGGACACGGCUUGCAGCAUGCCAUGGACACGUUUGAAGCCGUCUCGGCUGGCAAAGACGAAGUGUGCAAGUUCCACGAUCCAGACUAUGUUGAUUUCCUCAGCAAAGUCAGCCCGCAGACCUUUCCGGAACUGUGCAAGAUUGACAGAUAUGCUCGCGCCACUCCUCCCAAGCAUGAGGGUACGUCUCCUUGCCGCAUCCCCAUGUACCCAUUCAUCCGACUAAUGCAACCCAGGUGACACUGUCGAACUGGGUCCGUUUAACCUGUCUACCAGCCCGGGAGCGGAUUGCCCAGUUUUCGACGGCAUGUCAACCUACCUCUUUCUGUACACUGGCGCGACACUGGCUGCCACUCAACGUCUGAUAUCUGGUGCCUCCGAUAUUGCCAUCAACUGGUCUGGCGGACUGCAUCAUGCCCACAAGUCCGAAGCUUCUGGGUUCUGUUACAUCAACGACAUUGUACUGUCCAUCCUCGACAUGCUGAGAGUCUUCCCGCGAGUUCUGUACAUUGAUAUCGAUGUCCAUCAUGGAGACGGCGUGGAAGAAGCUUUUCAAAGAGAGCCUCGAGUUAUGACGCUCUCAUACCACCGCUACGGUCCAUACGAUGAGACGGGACACAAGUUCUUUCCCGGCACCGGCGACUUGACCGACGUGGGUCUUAAGAAUACCUCCGGCGAACAUUUCGCUUCGAACGUGCCUAUCGCUUCUGGAAUCGAUGACCGACAGUAUCGAUACCUGUUUGAAGAGGUCACGGGCCGCACGAUCGAGGCUUUCAAGCCUUCCGCCAUCGUGCUCCAAUGCGGUGCAGACAGCCUGGGCGGCGACAGGCUUGGUCAGUUCAAUAUCAACAUUAAGCAGCAUGGCGAUUGCAUCUCUUUCAUCAAGCGGAAGGAUAUUCCUCUCCUUGUCCUCGGCGGCGGCGGAUAUACAGCUAGAAACGUUGCCCGCGCCUGGUGCAACGAGACCGCGAUAUUGACCGACAACGUACUUCCAGACCAGAUCCCCAUGGACCUGAUACCUCGGCCGGAGGCCUUCACGGGAAAAGGCAACGGAGAUGGUAAGAUGUUCCCUAGUUUUGAUCGUCUGCAUAAGAAUGAAUGCAAGGAUGUCGAACUUGAAGCAAUGGUGAAGAAGCUGGACGGAGAUCUGAAGUAUGUGCGGAACGCUCCGUGGGUGAAGAUGGAUCAGCUUCCACAGCAGAGAGCUCAGCAAGAGAUUAUGGAUUAUGUUGAUGAGGAGAUGAAUCGCACGAAAGCAGAGCGAGACAGGAAGUGGAAGGAACGCAAUGCCGCCGGGCGUGGCGAGCUGCGGUAG